CCGUCUAUAGACAGAGGACAACACAAGAGGUACAAUAAGUCCAAGAGUUCAAAUGGACAUACUUUCAUCUUUGUGCCCAUAUUUAUUUUUCCUUUUCUAUAUCACAAUGACAUUGUAAAGGUUUUUUUUAUUAUUAUUAUUAUUUGGGUCAGAACACUAGUAAUUAAGUGUAACUGGGAAUUCUAUCCAGUCUCUUUCAAUCAAUAUCCCACAUACAUUAAUGUGUAAAUCUGUACUUUUGAAAUGGAUACAUACAUAAUCAUAUGGCAUACUGUUCAAUACAGUAACUGUCAUCUAAAAUGUUCCCAUAGUUUACAUCAGAACAUCCCUGCAGAGUACAUACUUAUAUUGACAACAUAACUAAGCAAUUUGACUGUCUUAUCCGUAAACUAUGACACAAGGACUUGUCAUUCUGAUGACACUGACAUGUUCAUUGACACAGAUAUUUAUUUUCGAGAGAUGAACGAAGGAUUUUGAGCAAGAGACUGGCUUUUGCAUGUAAUCCAUUGUGUUUUGCUAUUUGUACGAGUUGUUUUGAGAAAUGGACUUACUGUUUUGCAAUCUCAAGUAUGAUUUGAGAAAUGUACCGAAGCGACUGAGAAAAUUCUGUAAAAGGGUAAUUAAUAUAUGCAAAUAAUAUACACUAAAAAAUGUUGGGUUGAGACCGUUGCAUAGGACAUUGGGUUGUUUUAACCCAAGUUUGGGUUUGGAAAUUGGUCUCGAUUUUAACCCAGCGGCGCUGGAUAGAGCACGCGGACAUCAAGGAGAGCACGCAGAUAGUACGUCUCCAGUGCGAGCAGCUGCCAUUUUCUUAGUGUGAAAGAAGCGAGAAGCAAGUGAAAGACAUUAAGUAAAGAUUCAAAAUGUAAAGUUAUCGUUUAUUGUUUACUUGGUUUUAAGAAAGGCGGAAACAAAGGAGUUUAACAUUAUGGACGCAGUUUUCGCCUCAGAAUUGGAGGUCUUAACGGCCUCCUUUAAAUUUACUGAACAGAAGAGGUCAAUUUUAUUAUAACGUCCAUGAAUGUCUUAUAUACCUAGUGUCUCAAUAUCUGCACUUUUUGAGCUGUUCAUAGACGGCUAUGGUUACGGUAACAAUCAUGGUGAUUUAUCUUAUUUUUCGUGGUUAAGCUCCGCCACCACCGGAGAAAAAGCCGAAGUGUAGGGCGUAUCGAUAGGAAUGGAGUGACAAGUUCCCAUGGCUAAGAUGUGAGGUAGUUGAUGGUAACGAAAAAAAAUUAUGUUCGCACUGCAAAAAGGCAGAAUGCCUGCUCUCAUUGAGCAUAGCCAGAGCAAGGACCAUGUUGCGGCAAACAAUUUAUUGCCACAGCAGGUUGCGAUGAAAGGCCACUGUGACAAGGCCACGGAAACUUCUAAGAAAAAACUAUGCUCUCAGUUCAAAAUUGUAUUCCACAUGGCAAAACAUGAUCUCCCAUUUAACCAUUUUGUAGCACAGACUGAGCUACUGCAAGCUCACGAGGCUCCAGAUUUUGUCACCACCGAUGGCAUUUAUUGCCACAGCGACUCUGUGGAUAAUAUGGAAAAGGCAUUAGAACACAUUGUGGUGGAACAGAGCCGUGAAAAACUGAAAAACAGUGACUUCAUUGGAAUAAUAAUUGAUGAAACUGUAAAUAUCACUGCGAUCAAAAAGUGAAUCAUAUAUCUAAAGAUGGAAAUAAAAGGAAAGGUGGAGACAUGCUUUCUUGGAAAUUAUGAUGUGGACUCCGGGACAGCAAGAUGCAUUUAUGAUCGCUUUGUUGCGGUGCUUCGCUAAAUGGAUAUAGCACUGUCUCGUGUCAUUGGCCUGGGUUCAGAUGGUGCAAGUGUAAUGAUGGGAAGGCAUGGUGGGGUGGUUGCUUUGUUUAAGCAAGCAAAUCCCUUUUCUAUCCAGGUGCACUGCGUUGCCCACAGGGCUGCACUUGCUGCGCUGGACGCAGAGAAAGCUGUGGAAAACAUCAGAGCUUACAAAAACACGAUCUCCCUACACAGGGCUGUGGAGGCCAUGAAGCACAACUGGGCAGCUGUGGCCAUGGAAAUUAAUGAAGAGGCAGUCGGAGGAAAUAACCAAGCACAAGGGCUGCUUGGUCAAAUCCAGACAUACAGCUUCAUAGCCCUGACUCACGCACUGGCCGAUCUACUACCAGUGAUGACAAAACUGAAUUUAGUUUUUCAGAAAGACAACGUCAAUCUUUCCAGCAUCCGACCAAUAGUGCAAGCAUCUGACGCGGCAUUUACACACUUACGAGAUGUCCCCGGUCCAGAAGAGGAAACAUUCCAUGCGGGAUAUAAAGACGGCACAUACAAGGAUGUCAAAUUGACCAAUUCAAGCGACCACUUCAUUGAAGCUUUCAAAGAAGCCAGAGAACGCUAUGUUCAACAUCUGAUAGAUGCCUUGCUAGAUCGGUUCCCCGAGGAUUGCAUGGAUGUACUUCAUUGCCUCGAUGCCCUUCUGAACCCCUCUAGAUAUCCGCAGACACAUAGUGCUCUCCAAGAACCAGCGAUCAGAAGGAUUAUUUGCCAUUUUACAAGCCUUGAGUCUGCGGACACCGCUACUCUUAUCGAUACCGUAAGCCUGCGAUGUGAUGCCCUCGCUGUCAUGACAGCGCUCCGUGGCUAUGGAGGAUUGCAUUUCUCCACAGCCUGCGAAGUCCUCAUACGUGAUUUCAACAAAAUGUAUCCAGAGUGGACCAAGCUCGCCAAGAUAGCCUGUGUAAUCCCUGUCUCAAGUGUUCCUGCAGAGAGGGGGUUCUCGCUGCAGAAUCGGAUCAAGACGAAGCAGCGAAGAUGCCUUGCGGAGAACAAGGUUACGCGGCUUAUGCGCAUUGCAAGUUGUGGAGAGACACUGGGAAGUUUUGAUUUUAAGUCGCCAGCUGCACAAUUCAGCACUGCAAAAAAGCGUAAAAAGUAGCCAAAAAUGACGCGAGACAAUGUUAUAGGCCUAGUCAUUUGUUUGUUCAAGUUAAUUUGACAAGGAGUCAUUUCACACGGUGGCCAAUUUAAAUUUUACCAGCUAAAUGAGACAUACUGAGUUUAUAAUUAAGUUUGCUUGAGUGAAAACAAUGCUAUAUUCGGAUAUUUUAUGUGGGGAAGGGGGGUUGGUUUGUUAAACUAUGAAAUGUGAAACCAUAGUAAAAAACAAUUGGUUGAUUGACGCCAAUCGGACGUUCAUGUUUUUUUUUCUGUCUAUUUGAAAGUAAGGCUAAUAAACAUGUUGCAUAUA